GAAUAACAACGUGUUAGAUCCACCAACGGCAUUAAGGUAAUUAGAUUACCUUGCCGGCCGAAACGAAACCUUUCAGUGUUUCGCCUGCCUUCGUUCAAGCUGUGGAUAUCGAUAUGGCGGAAGCAGAUUCAGUGGUGGCCAAAACCGGCGCUUAUAAAUAUGAAGAUGGUACCCGGUACGUGGGUGAGUGGAACUCCAAGGGCCAGAAAAACGGGAUGGGACACCUCAUGCUAUCUGAUGGGACCAGAUACGAUGGCGCCAUGACGGCUGGACUGUGCUCUGGACUUGGAGUCAUGGCGUUCCCCGAUGGAGCGAAGUAUGAGGGUGAAUUCAUGCAAGGCUGGUUCCAUGGACAUGGAGUAUUCUGGCGAUCGGAUGGGAUGAAGUUUGAAGGGGAGUUUCGAGGAGGCCGCGUUUGGGGAUUGGGUCUGGUAACCUUCAACGAUGGCAGCAAUGGGUUCCCGCGGAACGAGGGUUACUUUCAAGACUGCAAGAUGGUCCGUCGCAAGCGUUGCCCUGAGGUGGUCCAGCGGGCACAGAAGGUGGCCUACAUGGCCCGCGCACAGUGCCAGCAAAUGUAGCAGCAUUAAAUAUCUCUUUUUGUCUUUUUUUGGGGCUGUGCCAUAUAUGACACAGUUUAUUCCAGCGCUUCUUCUGGUUAAGGCAUGUUCACUUUAAUAAAGCGGAAUUUAUAUUACGGAAUUAUUUGCACGAAAUUAGUUUUUCAAUUUAUUGCACGUGUAAACGUCUUAUCUAGCCGAUGUGCGAAUUAAGGUGAUAUUGGAUUCCUUUACAGGAUCAGGUAUUCUAUAAUGAUGCUGUUAUGAUGUCGGUAAUCAAAGGUCUAGCUCUAAUUAAAAUGAUCAAUGGGAUUAUAUUCGAAUGUAUUGAUGUCGAAUAGAGACGAUUAAUAUUACACUGUAAUAUUAGUCCGUCAAUCAAUUAUCUGUGGGAAUAAUGUAGCUGUGAUAAUUCCAGAUCAUGUAUAGUUCGCGACAGGUCGACAUGGCAAUCGGAGUGGGGACGCCCCGCUCACCGCACAGCCCACUCGCUAACCUGGUGCGGGAUAGCGCGGGUGACGUGUGGGUGUGCGGGGCGUCACUCCACCUCAUAUCCCGAUUGCUAUGUCGACCUGUCGCGAAAUAUACGUGAGGGAAUCUGCUUGGCAGAAAUUAUGUGGAAAAUAAUAUAACAUGAUAUUAUUUUCAAGAACGUAAAUUGCAGGGUCCAUGCUGAAUAAAGAUGCAGGGUCCAUGCUGAAUAAAGAAUUUCCACGGGACUAUUAAAAACCGAAACUUGCGCGUGUCUGCCUUUUACAUUUUCACAACUCACUACGAAAUCUUUGAUGAAAUUUGAUAUAAAAAUUACUUUUUAGCUCGGAAAAAUCAAAGAGUUCCCACGAAAAUAAUACGAUAUUGUUAUAAGGUUAUUGUUAAAUGUUCUGUUUAUGUAAAUGUUGUGUAUUUUAAAAUAUUAAUCUUUAAUUAUAAAUGUAUAAGAAUAAAACAAUUGUCAACCCAACAAAAUAAUAUUUAAUUGCCAUCCUUUACAAUUAUACAUAAAUACAUUUUAAUUACUAAACUAAUUUAUUUUUUAUUUAUGUACAUUAACUUAUAAUAAAUUAUCAGUAAUUUGGGCGACGAUCCGACACGACGUUCAGAGUUCUAGAAA